AUGAAAAGGUUAGUUAUGAGAAUGGUGACAGCUCCUACUUUCUGGUUCAUCGCCUUCAUAUUUCUGACAAAGCAUAUUGUGAAUCACAGGAGCAAUCGUAAGAGUACAGCAUUCAAUCUGUUCAUCAACACACGUCCGCACACGAUAAGGAAGACUUUGACAGUUACCGAACAGCAAACGAACACUAACGAUAAUUUAAUGCAACAUAUCAGGCUUGAAGAGGUCAAGAGAGAGUUAAAUGUUGUUUCACUGACCAAUGAAACCAUUUAUCCUGCCAACAGAAUCGGCAGCUAUAUCUUCUCGAAUUCUAAUCUCUGUAAAGAUGUUCCCAGUGUCGAUUUCAUCAUUAUCGUGCAUACAGCAACUACACAUUUUGAAAGAAGACAACGAAUCAGAGCCACUUUUGCAAACACAUCUUUGUUUUACCCAGCCCAAAUUCGUACUGCUUUCCUAUUGGGUGAAACGGAAGAUAGCGCAUUAACGGAGAAGUUAUGGCAGGAACAUAGAACAUACAACGAUACUGUUAUGGGAGAUUUCAUCGAUGAUUAUCACAACCUUACAUUGAAGGGAGUCAUGGGACUUCGCUGGGUCAAAGAUCACUGUCCAAAUGCUGCUUUUGUGCUAAAAAAAGAUGACGAUGUUUUAAUAAAUAUGUUUACACUAGUUCAUAUUUUCUUACCACAAAUGAAGACACAGAAGAGAACUAUUUUCUGUAAGGUAUUUUUAAAUGAUACAAUGCUCAUAGUAAGAAAGGGUAGGUGGAAAGUGGAUUCCCAUAUUUUCCCAAAUAGGAGAAAUUACCCUUAUCCAUACUGCCCAGGUUUUACCCAGACUGCAAAGGUUACGCCGUUUUUCUGGAUUGAUGACAACUACCUGUUCGGGUUGUUACCAUAUAUUAGUGGGAACAUAAAUUUUAUAUAUUACGAAUUUUACAAAUUGCACUCACCUUUAUACAAGAAAGCAGUUAACUGUACGUUACCACAUAAAUGGCGAUGUCCAAUUGUUUCUAUUAUUAUUCGAGACAAAGAUUUCUGGCAUCUCUGGCAAACAAUGAUCCGUAUAUACAGUAAUUUUAAUUGGACCAGAGAAGCUACAAAGCAGGGAGGGUAA